AUGUUUAAAUUAAGUGUAAAGAGUUUAAUGCUUGCCUUUUUGAUGACUCUAGUACCAGCUCAUUCACGAGAAUAUAGGCGCGUAUGUUACUACACAAACUGGUCCCAGUAUAGAGGCGGAUCUGGAAUAUUUUUUCCUGAGAACAUCGAUCCCACUUUAUGCUCCCACAUCGUUUUUGCCUUCUCUCAGCUGGUAGGCAAUCAGCUGCUACCAUUCGAAUGGAAUGACGAGUCGACGCCCUGGUCUAAAGGACUCUACGAGCGGUUCAUAGCGAUAAAGAACCAGAACCCAACUCUGAAAGCGUUGCUAGCUGUAGGUGGAUGGAACGCUGGCACUUCUGAAAUGACCAAGAUGUUGUCGUCCAGUGAAAAUAGGAAAACUUUUAUAAUAAGUUGCAUCGGCUUCCUGAGAGCCCACAACUUCGAUGGGAUUGAUCUGGAUUUUGAGUAUCCCGGCAGUAGAGGAAGUCCUGUCGAGGACAAGCAAAGAUUCUCUUCAUUCCUUAGGGAAUUUAGAGCGAGCAUCGAGGAAGAUAGCCAACAAUCGGGCAGGUCGAAACUACUACUCAGUGCAGCAAUCGCAGCAGGCAAGGACAACAUCGACAGGGGCUAUGAUAUCUCCGAGUUGAACAACAACCUGGAUUUCAUGAACCUCAUGUCUUACGAUUACCACGGAGCUUGGGAUACUGUCACAGGUCACAGUUCACCACUAUAUUCCACCCCUAACGAUACGUGGUGCUUGGAUUUCAGCGCCAAGUACUUGGUCUCGAAAGGAGUCGAUCCACAAAAGUUGAACAUAGGCAUGGCUACAUACGGAAGAUGUUUCAGACUAAAAAACGACCAAAAAAACUCAAUAGGCGAUGACGUCAUUGGGCCAUGUGACGCAGGGAUGUACACUAGGGAGGCCGGAUUUCUAGCUUAUUACGAGAUUUGCAAAUUGUUGAAAGAGCCAAAGACCAUCUCCCACUGGUCAGACGUCCAUCAAGCACCCUACCUUGUUAGUGGAGAUACCUGGGUGGGCUACGAUAAUGAAGAAAGCUUGAAACUAAAAGUCGAUUACUUGAAGGCCGGCAAAUUCGGCGGUUGGAUGGUAUGGGAAUUUUCUCUGGAUGACUUUGGCGGAAGCUUCUGUGAAAAUUAUAAACGUGUAUGCUACUACACGAAUUGGUCAAGAUACCGCGGUGGCCUAGGUCAAUUUUUCCCAGAGAACAUCGACUCGAGUUUGUGCUCCCAUGUCAUUUUUGCAUUUUCCAAACUAGAAAACAACAACCUGCUAGCAACCGACUGGGAUGACGACACGCAAAAUGGAUUAUACAAUCGUUUAAUCGGCCUGAAAGCCAUUAAUCCGUCAUUGAAAAUCAUGAUGUCAGUUGGAGGCUGGAGUGCCGGAACAACCGAGAUGACGAAGAUGAUCUCCACAUCCCAAAACCGAAAAUCCUUCAUCGAUAAUUGCAUAAACUUUCUAAGGGAGAGAAAUUUUGACGGAAUUGAUCUGGAUUUUGAAAUCCCCGGAACUAGAGAGAGCCCGCCAGAGGAUAAGCAAAAAUUCGCGCUGUUUUUAACGGAAUUUCGCCAAAAUGUAAAGGACGAAAGCUUAAGAACUGGAAGGAGUGCGUUGUUACUAUCAGCUGCAGUGGGAUCAUUCAAAAGUGACAUAGACGCAGCUUACGAUAUUGACGCAUUGAACCGAAAUCUGGAUUUCGUUAACCUCAUGUCAUACAGUUUCCACGGGGAUUGGGAUACCGUAACGGGAUUUAACACUCCGUUAUACUCUGAUCCUGGAGAUUACCAAUCCGUUGAUUGGGCCGCUAAAUAUUACGUACAAAAUGGGCUAGAUCCCAAAAAGCUCAUAAUAGGAAUGGCUACGUACAGUUUGUGUUACAAGUUGCAAGAUUCGACGAGGUAUUCGGUCGGUGAUCCGGUCAUCGGUCUGUGCGAUCCCGGACCGAUAACCGGUGAAACCGGAUCGUUAGCCUAUUUCGAGGUUUGUCAGUUACUAAACGAUCCGAACACAAUAGUUCAAUGGUCUGACGUGCAUAAAGUCCCGUACUUAAUCAAUGGAAAUAGAUGGGUGUCAUACGAAGAUGAGGACAGUUUGAAAAUUAAAACGGACUACAUACGAAAUAACGGCUUCGGUGGUUGGAUGGUAUGGGAGCUAUCAUACGAUGAUUUUUUGGGGUCGUUUUGUGGAGGGGGUCGCAAGUACCCCCUCAUUUCCGCCCUCAGUAACGGUGUUAUGGGCAGCAAUACGACGUCAAUCCUAAAUGACGAUGAGCCACAGAAAACCACAGAGCAGCUACCAACCGCACAAACGCAGUCGUCGUCAUCGUCAAAUCUUUGCGAAGGAAAGUCAGGUGACCUAUUAGCACACCCAACAAACUGCGACCAAUAUAUCGCCUGCUCUAACGGUGCCUCCUAUACUAUGAACUGCCCAGAACCGUUGUACUUCGAUGACGAUUUAAAGACAUUUGAUGCCAUUGUUGAAUAA